UUAUGGGAAAAAGUGGCUAAAUCUCCACCAUAAAUGUAACAAGAUUCUUGUUCAUGUAAAUGUACACCUUAUUCGCGUAAAAACAACAACAGACAUCCGAAAGAUGUUGGCCCUCGACUGAAGCCGGAGUUCACGGAAAGCCGCUGAAGGCAACGCAAGGGGCUGUGACGUCACCGCCUAUUUCUUCCCUUCCCCGCCCCCUCCCUCCUCCUCCCGAAGCAAGAGCGAGGACAAGGGAUGCUCUGCGAACGCGAGAGUGACUGCAGCAUCUUCAGCGAAACGACGCACAGCAGCACGUCGCUCCGUUUUGCCUUGCCUGCGCGCUCCAGACGUCACGCACGCGCCGGAUCGCUCGUCUUUCACUCUUGCGCAUGCUCUGCAGCUUUUCCCCCCCACCAUCUUUUUUUUUUUUUUUUUUGGCUCGGAUUUGUCCCGUUUCGUCGCAAUGACACGCGCGUGAUGGAAGAUUGACGUGAACGCGCUCCACCAGCCUCUCCUGGAAUCUUAUUCUCUUCUCCUCUCGCCCCCUCCCUUAUCCACCUUCUCCUCCGACCCACCUUCCCUCCUCCCCCGCGCGCAGCAUCUCUCCUACGCCCGUACGCGAGAGCCCCACACCACUUUUUUUUUUGUCUGUGCGGACACGCGCGCGCGCUACUCUCCCAGGACUCGCCCGCGCGGCCACGCUGCGUCAAGAAGAGAAAGGGAGAGGGGGGGAAAAAGACGAAGAAGGUGGGGGGAUUUAAGCGGACCGAGGCAACAUCUGAGAGAGCGCAAACAUGAUGGCCGGCGGAGCAGUGCAGCAGAACGGCCUCUUCGUCACCCCGCACCACCACGGCCAGCAGCCUCACAUGGAGGCCGACCCGCCGGACUCGCGCAAAAGACCCCUGGAGACCCCCACCGAGGCCAGCAGCACCAAACGCACCAACACGGGAGUGGCCUUCCUGCAGCCCCUUUUUGAAAGCGAAGGCAUUGUUUUCCCACACCAAGACACUGAGAGCCAUGAGGAAGGCGAGUACUUCCUGAAGGUUCUGAUCCCCAGCUAUGCGGCGGGCUCGAUCAUCGGCAAAGGCGGACAGACCAUCGUUCAGCUACAGAAGGAGACUGGCGCCACCAUCAAACUGUCCAAAUCCAAAGACUUCUAUCCCGGCACCACGGAGCGGGUAUGUCUGGUUCAGGGGACGGUGGAGGCCCUCAACGGCGUCCACGACUUCAUCGCAGAGAAAGUACGAGAGAUGCCACAGAGCAGUCAGAAGUCCGAACCAGUCAGCAUCUUACAGCCGCAGACCACUGUCAACCCUGACCGCAUCAAGCAGGCCAAGCUGAUUGUGCCCAACAGCACGGCGGGCCUGAUCAUCGGCAAGGGCGGCGCCACCGUCAAAGCCGUGAUGGAGCAGUCGGGCGCUUGGGUGCAGCUGUCGCAGAAGCCCGAAGGAAUCAACCUUCAGGAGCGCGUGGUCACCAUCAGCGGAGAGCCCGAACAAAACCGCAAGGCGGUCGAGAUCAUCGUGCAGAAGAUCCAAGAGGACCCGCAGAGCUCAUCCUGCCUCAACAUCUCCUAUUCCAACAUCACCGGGCCAGUGGCCAACUCUAACCCCACGGGCUCGCCAUACGCCAACUCGGCCGAGGUCAUGCCGGCUGCAGCGGCGGCGGCGGCGGCUACCGCCUCCUCGCUCCUCGGCCAAGCGGGGCUGGCGGGGGUGGGCGCCUUCCCCACGACCAUGUCCAGUCUGUCGGGCAACGACCUGCUCACCAUCACGUCCGCCCUCAACACGCUGGCCAGCUACGGUUACAAUACCAACUCUCUGGGGUUGGGGCUCAACCCGGCCGCCGCCUCGGGGGUCCUCGCCGCCGUCGCCGCCAACGCCAACCCCGCGGCCGCGGCCGCCGCCAACUUGCUGGCGUCCUACGCCAGCGACGCGUCCACCAGCGCUGCCCACCAGGCGGCGGGGCUGGGCGGCUUCUCCUUGGGCUCGCUGGCAACUGCCACCGGGGCCACCAACGGGUACCUGAGCGCCGCCUCACCCCUGAUGGCGUCCUCGCUGCUGGCCACCGAGAAGCUGGCGGAAGGCGCCAAGGAGGUCGUGGAGAUCGCCGUGCCAGAGAACCUGGUGGGCGCCAUCUUGGGCAAGGGCGGCAAGACGCUAGUGGAGUACCAGGAGCUGACCGGCGCUCGCAUCCAGAUCUCCAAGAAGGGCGAGUUCAUCCCGGGAACCCGGAACAGGAAGGUCACCAUCACGGGAUCACAGGCGGCCACCCAGGCAGCGCAGUACCUGAUCAGCCAGAGGAUCACCUAUGAGCAGGGGGUGCGUGCCACCAACCCGCAGAAGGUGGGCUAACCCGCCACGCUCCCACGAUCCCACGAAGAAUCGUGAGAGGGAAGAGGAGAGGAGAGUGCCCCCCCACCCCACCCCCUCCCAAAACCCCGACCCCUCUGCAUUGUCCUCUCAGUAUUUGCCCUUUGGAAAAAAAAGUGCUGAGAUGACCAAAAAAAAAGUGUAAAAUGUAAAUAUGUUUUAUUACUUAACGUCUUUAUGGACUUUUUAUUCCUUUUUGUUGCGUAAAUUAAGAUGUUUGUUUCGUUUGUGUACUGUGGACACGCUGAAUGACAGGAAGCAGGGGAGGAGAGCCCCCACCCCCCAGCCUCCCCACCCACCUCCUGCAGGGUUUUUGUUGGUUCAAUUUUCCCCCGUCCCUUCCCCUUUUCGCCCCCCUCGUGAGGGUUCCAUGACUGCAAAGGUGUGUAUAUGACAGAACAAACGCACCCCCAACCCCAAAUCCCUGCCCACACUUUGCCCCAAAUUUUCCGUCCCACAUUGAUGACCUCACGUAGCGAGCGAUACUGUGCUGCGCAGCGUGAUGACAUCAUUACUAUUUAUUCUUACCCAGAGGAGGUGAAUGUAAAUCUUUUAUUUUAAUGUUUUUGGACUGAAGAUGAAUGCUAACGCCACAUAGUGUAAUAUAUGUCUUAUUUAAGCCUGGGGAGGGCGGGCGCCACUUAUGUUAGGGGUCUCCUCGUUCGCGCCCCCAUACCCUCCUCCCCACUCUUAUCUUGACCCGGCUUAUCCUCCCUGGCGCUUGCUAAACCAUAAAAUGGAGUCCCUGCUGGCUAAAAGCACUUGGGACUAACUACUGAAAAACAUGCGGCGAGGGUGGCAGAGGUUACUGGCGUGUUUGUUUUGUGUGUCCUUUUGUGCAGUUUUUUUUUUUUUUUUUUUUUUUACAGUCGGAGUACACUGAAUUGUUGUCUUAAUGCACUGUGAAGCAAGGGGACGCAACUGGACGACUUUUUUGUAUGGCAGGGAACACUAACAAUAUGAAAUAUCAAUUAUUGUAUAUGAAUUUUGCAUUGGAAGGAAUACUGAGAGCCCGUCAUCAAUCGGCAGAGGUCCUUGGGAAAGGACGGGAUGUCAGGUGGGAGCGCCGGGAGGGGGGGGGGCAUACUUUUCCUUCAUCAAUAGGACAUUUCCCUGUGACGUCACACGUACCUCCGGGUGGCAAAAGACGGAGCUAAUUGAACAAAACGGUUGGAAUGAUGAUUUUUGUUCCCGAGCUUGAAUGUGUGAAAUGUCAGUUGGGAGAAAAAAAUUGUUAGGUAAAUAACUUGGGAAAGAGAUGGAACGCUGAAAGAAAUGAAGACAUAUCACAUGAUCACUGAGGGACGAAGUAAAUGAGCAUUUACUCAUUCACUGCCAGCCCUUUUCCAAGCAGAACCAAACAAAAGAAAUUCUCUUCUUUCAGCAACAAACACCUGUUUCGGACCAAACUACGAUGCCAACGAGCUUUCUGUGAAAAACAAAACAAAACAAAACAUCAAGCAGGACAGUGACUGAUUUAUUUAUUUAUUUAUUUAUUUGUUUUUUUUUUUAAAUUACCGACAACUCGUAAACAACAAAAUAAGAAACGUGCCCUGAGCGACAGUGGCUCAGCACAUCAAUGUCAGCCCUUCCGACCAUUGUGAAGCAGAAUUCGCCAAGUGUUGAUUUGAGCGGGGUCGAGACCACCGUGGGACAGGUUAGCUUCAUUUUACCGGUGACGUGUUAGUGGCUUUUUUUUUGUGACAUGCAUUCUUCAUUUACUACAUAAACAGCAUCAUCUUCUCACAAUUGACACCAAUUUAUAACCUACUACAACACAUAGUCCCAUUUAAACCACACAUAAAGUAUGAUUGAUCCGCUUGAGGACGUCGUGCCUCAAAUUUCCCAAUUUCCAACACAUUUAUCUCCCUCAUUCUCAAUGUGAUGAGCAGAUAUUUUUCUGAGCUUAAGAGUUGCGUCCAUCCAAAAUACAAAGCGAUGCAACGCAUUACAAUGUUUUUGUCAUGACGGGGAUUCGGAUAAAUGGCACAGACAUGCUGUUGUGAUGCUAAACUGGCUAGCGCGCAUGCUAGUCAUCACGUUGUGCUAAUUGACUCAAAGACAACACUCACCGCAUUUAUCCCCGUCAUCGAAAACUUCUGAAGGAUUAUUUUUAGCUUCAUGUCGGAAAAGGGGGGCGGCAGUUUGGAGACGACAUCUCUUACUAGUUUGUCUCAUGGUUUUAUUUCAUGUCAGAGGUAGCCACUCGCUUCUCUGCCACCCGGAAGGAACCGUUGGCGCCUGUUGUUUACAAACAUUCUGAAAAGGUCUUAUUGAAGUGAAUGUAAAAAGUCAACAGCGGGGGUGCGUUGGAUUUAUUCAUCCUGGUCAGCGUGCCAGAGUGGGGACUCCUCUCCUUCCUCUUCAAUAGUUUGUCUUUCGUAGGCGUCGCUGGGCCGGCAAGGCUCUCUGGUAAGGAGGCUUCUUUACUCCAUCUUUAACUCCAUCCUCACGCACCCGCCACUUCCCCAUCCCGACUACGCACCCGCCCCCACACCCCCCUACCACAUCGCACCACUGGCGGCGACCAUGAUGCAUGCCUCCUCUUCUCGUCGUCGUCUUUUUCUUCUUCUGCUGCUGCUGCUGAGGAUCUUUGAGGAGUCAAGCAGGAAGUCCCAGUUUUCUUCUUGCAGAUAUUGUCAUGGCAACCAUCGGUGCGUCAAGUAGUAAUAUGGUGAACUCCCGCAUACUGUAUUCACGGUUUAGGCAUGGGGUACUGCAGAUGUCUUUUUUCCAACCUAUUGUUAUCAUGAGCUGAUUUUGCACUCAGGCCAAAGCAAUAAAAGUAUUACUUUGGCGCCACACGGUGGCAUCUUGGUUUGAACCUCAAAGUGAGUUGAGGAGUUUCAUUUACACACAAAUCGAGCUUUGCUGCCGUCUUGUGGCAUCUUGGUGUCAAGGAACUAUGUUGAAGUGGAUUGGGGAGUUUCAUUAACGGACAAAUAGUGCAUGGCUGCCAUCUUGGUGUCAAGAAACUAUGUUCAAGUUGAAGGUUCCAUUCAGACAAAAUGUCUUUUCCAACUUGCGGUAUUUUUAGACAAUUAUAAACCUGUUGGGGAGCACUGAGGGUGUCAAUUGUUUGCAGAUUUUUGCGGGUUCACUGUAUUGAAGACAUUUCGGGAUGGCAAGAUCAACAUUUUAACAGGUUAGCAUGCAGCUUUGUGGGCUUCCUGCGGGGGCACUGUGUGUUUCAACAGCGGGAAUAAAACCCUCGUUCUUGAUGUGGUAAUGAGCAGCAGAAGCGAUACGUAUUGUCUCGUCCCAACCGUAUACCUGUUCCGAUGCUUUUCUUUUUUUUGCGACUGAUUGUAGUUUGGCUGUUUCAUUGUUUUUGUAUCAGUGGGAAAUGCUGCUGCUAAGAUAUGGUAACUGAAAAAGAAACAAACAAAAAAAAACAUAUCAAGUGUAAGUUUAAAAGAAAAAAAAGUCCUCAAACUUGUAAGUAGUAAAAAGCUGUGCCAAAUUUUUUUGAUUUGAUAUUGCAAACAUACAGUACUUUUUAUACCAGGAAAAAUGUGAAAAAGUGCCAAAUGAAUGAAGCGUAUUUGCUUUCUAUCAAAAAGCAAGGAAGUGCUUCGUCACUGGUAGUCUGGAUGCUCCCGCAAUGCAACAGUAGAGGGAACCAAUAAACUAUAGCGAUAGCUUAGCAUUACUAUGCUGGAAUACGGACAGAAAAAAUAAUGUGACUCCAUAGCAUUCUUUAAACCUUUUUCUAGUGAAGAUGUAUUUUGUGGGAAUAGAUGUUAACCUUUUUGCACGUGUAUAUUGCAUGAUGUCAAGUGUGGACAAAAAAAAAAGAAAAAAUACAGUUUAGACUGUGUUGUUUAUUAACAAAAACAUCGAACAAACCCCGACAAAUCCCAAAAGUCCCAGAUCGCGUCUUUUUUUUCCUAUUGCGCUAAUCUGGCUAGCAUGGAUGCUAACGUUCCAUUACAAUUCGCCCCGUCCGUUUGUCCCUGCACACGCUGCAUGCUUUUUUUUAGUUUUUGAUUUUUUUUUAACACAAAUCAGUAUUUCAGGCGCAAUGAAUUUAUUGUUACAUUUGCCAAAAACAAAUGAAAAGAACAAAUGCCAAUGAUAUUACCUCUGAAGCUGGAAAAUUAGUGGUUCCACUCCAGCCGUGAAUUCUGUGUCGGUAACUUUCACAUAGGUUGAAAAGAAUUCCACACAAAAUGUUUGGUCUCAAUCCACAAGACAUUUUUAUUCAAAAAUUUGAACAAAACACAUUUGCACUAAUUUUUGUGUGGCAAGGGGCCAAGCUGGGGGGGAUUUGGGGAGCGUUUGCCGGGGUUGGUGUACUGCAUGCUCCAUCCACUCACCCAUUUUUUUUCCCCACCCAAAACUUUUGUGAGGGCCCAGCAACCAUUAACUUGCUACACCUUGUUGCUAGAAUGUUAAUAUGCUAAGUAGAUGUUUGCGCCGUUUCCGUAGGGGAAAAAAAUACUUUCUACUCUCACCACACAUAUGGGACCCAUGUCUACCACCCACACCCCCACCCCCACUUGCUACCAAUCAUCCCUCCCAAAACUACCACUUUCAAACACCAGCAAAUGUCGACUGCAUUUGUCAUAUCACUGUUUCCUACUUUUACUAGUUUUGUGGGAUAUUUUUUUUGUGGUUGUUUGUGUUCAACUAACCGAUAAAAUGCCACUUGUGUGUGUGCAUGUGUAGCCUGUUUACUUGCAAAUCACACGUAAGCCCCUUUCACACAAAUGUUUUUGAAAAAACAAAAGG